AUGGAUAGAAUCCAGUUCUCUGUUAACGGAGUUAAGCAUUCAGUUGGAUGUGAGGUGAGGUCCGACACCACUCUCCUGGAGUACUUGCGUCGUCACCUCGAGCUGCGAGGCACCAAGUACAAGUGUCUGGAGGCAGGAUGCGGCUCCUGUAUCGUGAGUGCUGUCAAGCGCCACGGAGAACCACCUCAGGGCAUCAAUUCUUGCAUGGUCACGAUAACGUCAUGCCAGGACUGGGACAUCACGACAAUAGAGAAGGUGGGGAACCGCUUGGACGGCUACCAUCCGCUGCAGAGCACGCUGGCGGAGAGAGGCGGCUCCCAGUGCGGGUACUGCUCGCCGGGGAUGAUCAUGAACAUGUACAGCUAUUUGAAAGAAAGACCACGUACAAUGCGAGAAAUAGAGAGAGCCUUAGGAAGCAAUCUGUGCAGAUGCACAGGAUAUAGACCAAUAUUGGAGGCAUUCAAGACAUUCGCCUCCGAUGCUCCGAAACCCACCGACAUAUUGGACAUUGAAGAUUUGAAAAUAUGUAAGAAAUCCGGGGACCUGUGUACGGGGUCCAAAUGUGGACAUGCCGACUGGUGCAUCGUUCCCAAACAAAAUCAAGUGCUACAUAUACAACUGAGUGAUGACAGAGAUUGGUACAGAGUGGGGAGUUUGGCUGAUGUGUUUAAUAUAUGGCGGGAAAGAGGAACGGAAUCUUAUAUGCUGAUCAAUGGAAACACAGGAAAAGGAGUAUAUCCAAUACUAGAGUAUCCAAAAUUAUUAAUGGACAUUAGUAGUGUGUUAGACCUUAAAGGUCAUUAUAUAGACCAGAACCUGGUGCUUGGGGGUGGAACAUUGCUGGUUGAGGCUUUAGAAAUAUUCAAAGCUCUAUCUAGUUACGAGGGGUUCAGUUAUCUCAAAGUAUUGAGUGAUCAUUUGGAGAAAGUCGCCCAUGUCACUGUCAGAAACUUAGCCACUGUGGCUGGAAAUUUGAUUUUAAAGAAUCAACAUUCUGAUUUUAAAUCCGAUAUAUUUUUGCUUUUCGAAACUGUUGGUGCGGAGGUUACUAUACUGACUGGUCCUGACCAAAAAAGGGUCUUAACAAUGCAACAAUUUCUUGUAGAAAAUAUGAUUGGAAAAAUUAUUUUGAAUGUCCUUUUACCGCCGUUGAGCUUGGAAAAUAAAAUAGCAACGUUUAAGAUAAUGCCACGUUCCCAGAACGCCCACGCUCUCGUUCACGCCGGCUUCCUCUACAAAAUAGACGAGAAUUCCACAGUCAUUGACAGCAGAAUUGUAUACAGUGGUCUCUCCGUCACCAUCACUCGUGCGUAUAAAACUGAACAAUAUCUGAAGGGCAGAGAGCUGUUCACGAAUGAAACUCUGCAAGGUGCUCUGGAUGUAUUGAAGAAGGAGCUUGUGUUCGUGAAUGAUUUGCUUGAUCCGCCCAUUGCAUACAAGCGACAAGUAUCCUUGGGGCUCUUUUAUAAGGGUCUUUUGGAGCUUUGCCCCCAUAAUAUUCUGAACCCAGUUUAUUGCUCUGGAGCCAUCAAGCUAAGAGAUUCCAGACCAGUGUCUAAAAGUCUUCAAGUGUUUGAAACAAAUCCGAAUGUCUGGCCACUCAAUGAACCGAUACCAAAAAUUGAUGGCUUGAUACAAUGCGCGGGGGAAGCAAAAUAUGCCGACGAUACUCCAUCUCUCCCGGGGGAAGUGUUCCUGGAGUUUGUUCUGGCUAAAGUCCCGCUUGGAACUAUAACGAAAAUUGACCCUUCAAUUGCAUUGAGAGAACCUGGUGUUAUAGCCUUCUACUCAGCAGCAGACAUACCAGGUGUAAAUAGCUUCAUACCAGCCCCUAACAUAAUUAAUUUAAGAAAUGAAGAAUUAUUCUGUAAUGGUGCAGUAAAAUACUACGAUCAACCUAUUGGUGUCAUUGUAGCUGAAUGUGAGAGCAUAGCUAGGAAGGCAGCAGAAUUAGUACACGUUGAAUAUGCUAACGUAAGAAAGCCGGUUAUUGAUAUAAAAAUUAAUAAAAAUGAUGCUACUAAGUAUUCCGAGUAUGUACGAUAUCGAGCAACAGAUAGAGGGACAGAUACUAUAAGAGUAAUAAAUGCAGACGACACAAUUUAUUCACAAUACGCUUUCAGUAUGGAGACUCUAGCUUGUGUGGCUUAUCCUACUGAAGAAGGAAUCAAAUUGAUAUCUGCGACGCAGUGGAUGGACUUAGUGCAGCAAGCAGCUGCAAGGGUUUUAAACAUAGAUGAGAACAGAAUUGAUGUUUACGUCCGACGACUUGGCGGUGGCUUCGGAUUUAAACUGACCAGAUCUGCACAAGUGGCUGUAGCCAGUGCUCUGGUGGUCCACAAGCUCAAUCGACCCUGCAGAUUUAACACACCCCUUGACAUCAAUAUGAGAUCAAUAGGAAAACGCUUGCCUUGUUCGAGAAAUUAUGAAGUUCACGUUAACUCAAGAGGUGAAAUUCAGUAUCUAAGAAACGACCUUUUUAGUGACAAUGGUUAUGUAUACAAUGAACCUCUAAUGUUGUUUGGCAUCGAUUGUUACUACAAUUGCUAUAGAAAGGAACGAUGGGAUCAUGCGGGAUAUAAUACUGUUACUGAUACUGCUUCUAAUAGCUGGGUCCGAGCUCCUGGUACGAUAGAAGCAAUAGCAAUGGCCGAGUUAGUAAUGGAACGUAUAUCAUAUGAACUUAACUUGGAUGCGGUCGACGUCCGUUUAGAAAACUUGGAUAGAGUAGCACAUGGUGACUUGAUAGAAUUGAUGGACACAUUGAAGAGUAACUCAGAAUACGAAGAGAGGAAAGCUGCAAGCGACGAAUUUAAUAAAAACAACAGAUGGAAAAAACGCGGUUUAAGAUUUAGUUGGAUGAGAUGGCCCACAACUGUGUCUGAAAACUUUGAAAUAAAUAUGUCGGUCUAUCCCGAUGACGGUACUGUGUCCAUAACGCACGGUGGCAUUGAAAUGGGUCAAGGUAUAAACACUGUGGCAAUACAAAUCGCUGCUUACUUUUUAAAAUUACCCGUGGAUAAGAUUCAGAUAAAGCCUAAUGAUACCAUGAUAGCUCCCAAUUGUAUUUGCUCUGGAGCGAGUGUUACAACUCAAUAUGUGGGGAUAGGUGUACGUAGAUGUUGUGAAGAACUUCUAUCAAGACUUGCACCCAUACGGAAUCAGAUGAAUAAUCCCUCUUGGCGGGACUUGUUACAAGAAGCAUAUAGACAACAGGUCGACUUGCAAGUCCACUAUUAUACUACUCAGAACGACUCCCAGCAAUAUGAUAUUUAUGGAAUAACAUUGGCUGAAGUUGAGAUUGAUGUUUUGACAGGAGAACAUUCAAUUCUACGAGUUGAUUUAAUUGAAGAUGCCGGUCGUAGUGUCAAUCCUCAAAUAGAUCUUGGACAAAUUGAAGGAGCUUUUAUUUUUGGCCUUGGCUACUGGACAAGUGAAAACUUGAAAUACCAUCCUGACACUGGGGAGUUACUCACACACCGCACUUGGGAUUACUGGAUCCCUCAAGCUCUGGACAUCCCGGAGGACUUCAGGGUUUACCUCAGACGGCGGUCCUUUAGUAACGAGACCAUUCUUGGAGCAAAAGCAACGGGAGAGCCUGCUACUUGUAUGAGCAUCGCGAUCGCCUUCGCUCUGAGGGAGGCAAUAUCGUUGGCGAGGCUUGAAUCAGGCAUACCCACUACCCAGUGGUUCCAGAUAGAUGGACCAUUUACGGUGGAAAAAAUUUGCGUCGCAUGCGAGUCGGAUCCAAAAGACUUCAAGUUUUAUUAAGUCCUGAUUUUGCACGGAUGGGGACUUA